UGGAUUCAAAACUACACAUUCCCGCGAAAAAACAAUAGUCGGUUGGUUUGAUGGAUCAAAGAAACAAACUCACCAAAGCUCUGAUCAAGAACACCCACAAUCCCACAUUGGCAUGGCAUCUCUUCAAACGCAUCCUCUCCAUUCCAACCUCUUCGUCUUCCAUCUCCUCCCGUUCCAUUCUUCGCUCGAUUCCCAUAAUCACCCAUAUCCUAAUUCGCGCCAAAAUGAUCUCCCAAAUCGAUCAUCUCCAACAACUCCUCCUUCAACAACCCCAAGAAGUUUCCCACGUUUCCCUUAUCGCUCUUAUUCGCAUCUUAGCGAAAUCGGGCCUUUCUGAUUUGGCAUUUUCCCAAUUUCAAUCCUUUCGGAGCCAGGUUCCUGCAAAUCCUCCCCCAGUUUAUCUCUAUAAUAUGGUUCUUGAGUCCUCUCUUCGUGAAGAUAAGGUGGAUUCCUUUUCGUGGUUGUAUAAGGACAUGGUUGUUGCUGGGGUUUCCCCGGAAACUUAUACUUUGAAUCUUUUGAUUGCUGGGCUCUGUGAUUCAGGUCGGUUCGAGGAUGCCCGGGAGGUGUUUGAUAAAAUGGGUGUAAAAGGGUGUAGACCUAAUGAGUUCAGUUUUGGGAUUUUGGUUCGUGGGUAUUGCAGGGCAGGGCUGAGUAUGCGAGCUUUGGAGCUUUUAGAUGGGAUGGGGAGUUUUGGGGUUCAACCUAAUAAGGUCAUAUAUAAUACUUUGAUUUCUAGUUUUUGUAGGGAAGGGAGGAAUGAUGAGGCUGAGAGAUUGGUGGAGAGAAUGAGAGAGGAUGGUCUGUUUCCUGAUGUUGUUACUUUCAAUUCUAGGAUUUCUGCUCUUUGCAGUGCUGGAAAGAUUCUUGAAGCUUCUAGGAUUUUCAGAGACAUGCAGAUAGAUGAGGAGUUGGGGUUGCCUCGGCCAAAUAUCACAACAUUCAAUCUAAUGCUGGAGGGAUUUUGCAAGGAAGGGAUGUUGGAGGAAGCGAAGACCCUGGUUGAGUCUAUGAAAAGAAAUGGCAAUCUUAUGGAGUUAGAGAGCUAUAAUAUAUGGCUGUUGGGUUUGGUAAGGAAUGGAAAACUGUUAGAGGCACAAUUGGUGCUUAAAGAAAUGGUAGAUAAGGGCAUAGAACCAAACAUUUACUCUUUCAACACAGUGAUGGAUGGACUUUGCAAGAAUGGAUUGAUCUCUGAUGCAAGAAUGAUUAUGGGGUUAAUGAUCAGUAGUGGAAUUGGUCCUGAUACAGUAACUUAUAGUACUUUACUCCAUGGAUGCUGUAGCACAGGGAAGGUACUCAAAGCCAAUAAUAUUCUGCAUGAGAUGAUGCGGAGGGGCUGUUCUCCAAACACCUAUACUUGCAACAUCUUGCUGCACAGUCUAUGGAAAGAGGGGAGGAUAUUUGAAGCAGAGAAAUUGCUGCAAAAGAUGAAUGAGAGAAGUUAUGAUUUGGAUAAUGUAACCUGCAAUAUUGUCAUUGAUGGUCUAUGCAAAAGUGGAAAAUUGGAUGAAGCAGUUGAAAUUGUCAAAGGGAUGUGGAUUCAUGGAAGUGCUGCUCUUGGCAACUUAGGAAAUUCAUUUAUUGGUCUAGUGGAUAGCAGUAGUAAUGGGAAGAAAUGCCUGCCCGAUUUGAUCACGUAUUCAAUCAUAAUCAAUGGAUUAUGCAAAGCUGGUAGGCUUGAUGAAGCUAGAAAGAAGUUCAUUGAGAUGAUGGGUAAAAACCUGCAUCCUGAUUCGAUUAUUUAUGACACUUUCAUUCAUAGUUUCUGUAAACAUGGAAAAAUAUCAUCAGCAUUUCGUGUUCUCAAGGAUAUGGAGAAAAGAGGUUGCAACAAGAGCUUGCAAACUUAUAAUUCAUUGAUCUUGGGCUUAGGAAGUAAGAAUCAAAUAUUUGAAAUCUAUGGGCUGCUGGAUGAUAUGAAAGAAAAAGGAAUCACUCCUAACAUUUGCACUUAUAAUAAUAUGAUUAGCUGUCUCUGUGAAGCAGGGAGAAUUAAAGAUGCCACUUCUUUGUUAGAUGAAAUGCUGCAAAAGGGCAUUUCCCCUAAUAUUUCUUCCUUCAGAUUAUUAAUUAAAGCUUUCUGCAAGGCAAGUGAUUUUGGCGUGGUAAAAGAAGUGUUUGAAAUUGCUUUGAGUAUAUGCGGCCACAAGGAAGCUCUUUAUAGUUUAAUGUUCAAUGAGUUACUUAUUGGAGGAGAAGUCUCAGAAGCUAAGGAACUAUUUGAUGCUGCUUUAGAUAGAUGUUUUGAUCUAGGAAAUUUCCAGUAUAAUGAGCUCAUUGAAAAACUUUGUAAGGAUGAAAUGUUAGAGAAUGCAAGUGAUAUUCUCCAUAAGAUGAUUGAUAAGGGGUAUAGGUUUGAUCCUGCAUCUUUUAUGCCAGUGAUUGAUGGUCUGGGUAAAAGGGGAAAAAAACAUGAUGCUGAUGAACUUGCAGAAAGGAUGAUGGAUAUGGCUUCAGAGGGUAUGGUGGAAAAUAAGAUUACUAGAAAUGAGAGUGCAUUCAACCGUCAGAAACGAAACAAAUUCAGCGGAAGUGAUUGGCAAACAAUAAUACACAGAGAUGAUGGCAGUGGACUAGCAUUGAAAGCACUUAAGCGAGUACAGAAAGGCUGGGGUCAAGGAAGUAUCUCAAGUCUACAACCUCAGAAAAAUGACUUUCUUGAUUACUGGGAGGGAACUAAUUAAAUUUCUUGGUUCCUUGAGGUCAACACUCAAGAUUUGGAACAAAUUGGAAGGAUUGGAUGUAUGAGAAGAUUGAAGACCCUUUUAUUAGUACCUAGGGUACUAAGGGUGAGGUCCAUUUUUUCAUCAGAUAAGAUGAAAGAGAGGAUGCACUAGACAGUUACAACAAUGUAGUCAAUGAGCAACCAACCGACCUUAUCUAGGGAGCACUGAAGCAGAAUUAUUCUGGGUUUUCCCUCAUUCAUUGUAAACAAGGCCAUGUUAAAACAUGUUUCUUGCAAUUGGUACAGCUACAUCAUUUCUUCGUCUCUAAAAUAUCAGUCUUCUUUUCCGGCAUGUACACAUGCAAAAAAUCUUCUGGCUAGUGUGAAUAAAUAAUACAUUCUGUGUAAUGCUUAGUAUGUUUUUUAACAUCCUAAGCUGUUCCCUAGCUUGGAAAUUAUUCUCAGUUUAGCCUUCAGUUAAGCUUCAAAUCUUAGAAAUAGGAACUAACUUCUGAAAACUUGACCUGAUGGACUAUAGGUGGUUUAGCAAAUUCAAAAAAUAUGUGCAGAUUCUUUGGGACAUAUUAAAGGGAGUACCGAUCAAGAAUUAGUAAUCAACCAUGUCUAAGCAUAUUGUCUUGUGGACAUGCAAUUGGCUUUCAACGGAGGCAUAUGAUGACCAGAUAAUCCAAAGCAUGAUUUCUUGUUCCAUUCUCAUCUAUCACUUUCAAAGAUGUUUGGUUCAAAGUCUCUAGAAUUAAUCGCUUCCUGAUGUGCCUGGCAUCAUCUUGAACAACACUACUGCUUUCGUGAGGAAGUUCCUCCCACCUCCCUGGACUGCAAUCUCUCACACACAAGAGAAUGAUACACCGCAAGUAACUGGAUAUAGAUAUAUAUAGUUCAGUUGUAUUCUUUUUCCCCCUUUUUUUGUCAUUUGCAGGUGGGUUUGCAUGCGGUUGGUCCAUCUGACAUAUACUUACCGAGAAACAGCAAGCACACCAGCCUUACGCUUUUUCUGCUACUGAUAGGCUAACUGUAGAGAACUGUUUUUCUUCAAAUAAAAUUUCAUUAUUCGGUUAUAUGGAAGUUCCUUGUGACAGAUAUUUGGUGAUCUUUAUCCGUUCUAAUGAUAAUCGUGGUGUAAUUUUCCAGUAUCAACUUCAUUUGGUCUCGGCUCAUGUAAUAAUACUUGCGAUGGUAAAUGCCUGUGCAAUGCAGCAAAAUAAGGAGAUUGUUCC